AUGGAUCAGGCACAGCAUAAUAUUGAGAAACGUCACCGUUUACUUCCAGAGAUGUGGAAUUCCACAAAUAUCACCAACCAUUUUGAACACAUCAAUAAAGAUGCCAGUAAUAUACCAACCACCACUUACAAAUCAAAGUCCGGCCUCUACCUUUCUGGUGAUAACAGUUUGGAAAGUUUUACAGAAUUCCAGGUGGCCUGGGGACUGGAUACAUACUACGCACCGAUAUGUUCAACAUUAGGGAUCAUCGGCAACACCCUUUCUUUCUUGGUACUGAUGUUAUCAAAGACUACAACUACCUAUCAAUAUAUGGCCGCUAUUUCCUGUACAGAUACAUUGGUCCUAAUCCUCAACAUUAUGUUUUUGGUCCGCAAAUUUCCUGGAUACGAGAUUUUCCAUAAAGGUACUUGUGGUCUGGUAUUUUUUCUAUUCUACUUUGGUAUCCAUCUGAACGUAUUGUUGAUGGUAACGAUGACGAUAGAAAGAUAUCUUGCUAUUCGGUUUCCACUAAAAGCACCAGGGUGGUUCACUAUAAGAAAAGCAAGAGUAGCCAUCCUUGUGGAAGUCCUAGUUGUGGUUAGUCUCGAUUGCCAUAAUUUCUUUACACGGGCGAUGAUUGAAACAGAUGAUGGAAACAGUACGAUCUGUUCUCCAUCAGGAGAAACCAACGCGUACUUCCUGGGCAAGAUCUGGCCUUGGAUUGAUUCAGUAUGGUAUUGUUAUUUACCGUUGGCGUGUCUCUGUAUACUCAACGUGUUUAUCAUCUCCAACAUCAGAAAAGCUGGGAGAUUUCAGAGACAGAUGACCCAAUCCAGUACAACGGGAUCCGAGGGUAGAAAUAAGGCUAAAAAUAACAGCGGGAAGGAACGACAGAUAACAGUCAUGUUGCUGCUCGUCACCUUCUGUUUUCUGAUCCUGGUUGGCCCGAUGGCCAUGAUUAUCAUCAUUGAGAAAUAUUAUUGGGUUCGCGUCACACCUUACGAGCAAGCUGUAUACCACCUGGUGCGAACUGUCCUGAACAAUAUGAUGUAUACCAACCACGCCCUGAAUUUUAUCCUGUAUUACAUCAGUGGACAACGAUUCCGAGAACAGAUGCAACAGAUACUGUGUCCAUGUCGACACACCUCUUCAGGAAACAGACAAGCAAGCUCCAGAAUUACUAGUAAAGGAUUAUCAGAUUCGAACAUGAGCAUUGCCACCGUUAGCACCGAACAGUCUAGGAGUACAGUUGACUCUACAUUGAGCAUUAACCAACUGGACUGA